CCAUGCCCCCAGCCUUCUCACAAUGGAGCCGCAACCUGCUCAAGACCCUGCGCCUUCCGCUGCUGCGGAUGGCGAGACUGGUGAAAAGCAACAAUACCGCGAUAACGGCACUCGCGGCGGCAACAAGCGCAAAUGGCAGCAGAAUAAAUUCCAGCAUGGUAAGGGAGGUAAGAAGAGAGAUACUGGGAGAGCGGAGUAUUUUCGCAAUCAACCAGACAAGCGCAAGCGCAACGAGCGCGAGCAAGCUAAGCGCCGCAAGCUAGAGGAAGAGGGCCAGGAAAUUCAAUCCGUCCUCCCCAAGGGCUUUUCCCAGGAAGAGAUUGAGGCAGAGAGCAGACAGCCCAAGAGGAAGGUUGUCGUCAUGAUUGGCUACUCGGGCACUGGCUACAAGGGCAUGCAGAUCAUGCACACUGAGAAGACCAUCGAGGGUGACCUCUUCACUGCCUUUGUCAAGGCUGGAGCCAUUUCCAAAGCCAACGCCAACGACCCCAAGAAAUCGGCCCUCGUCCGCUGCGCCAGAACCGACAAGGGAGUGCACGCCGCUGGAAACGUCAUCUCGCUCAAGCUUAUUGUCGAGGACCCGGAUAUCGUUCAAAAGAUCAACAGCCACCUCUCGCCCCAGAUCAGAGUAUGGGGAAUCGAGCGCACGACUGGAAGUUUCAGCGCCUAUCAGGCUGUCGAUUCGCGUUGGUACGAAUAUCUUAUCCCGACAUACUCAUUCCUUCCGCCGCACCCGAACAGUUACCUUGGGAGGAAGCUCGUGGAAUUGGCCGAAGAGUGCAAUGACAUGGAAGGAUAUCAAUCGAGGCAGGCAGAGGUGGCCGAUUUCUGGGAGACGGUUGACCGGGAGCAGAUCCGGCCUGCGCUCGAUGAGUUGGAGCCGUGGGUCAGGGAGCUUGUCGAGAAGGCGCUCUACGAGUCGGAAACGGACCCCGAAGCCCCCAACAAGAAGACCAACGAGGCAGCGGCCGAAGAUGCGUCUGAUAUAACCCAGCCGGUUCGCGUGGUCGAGAAGAAGGAGGGCUCGGAAGGUGCUCUGCUGGCCGAUGACAACAAGAAGGGUGAGGUCAUUGAUGAGGAAAUGAAGGACGCCGCCGAUGAGAAGACAGAGGAGGCAGCCAUCAUCAUCAAGGUUGACAAGCCGACCAACCCGGGAGCGCCUGACGAGAUUCAACAAGGAGAAGACACCACGAGGCCUUCGGACGACACUGUACCUACUUCCGGAGAGGGUGUGCCGGCAGGGUUUGAGCACUUGACCAUCGAUCAGAGGAGAACAAUUGAUGCGGCCAUCAAGCACAUCAAGGGCAUCUACCUGGCGGCGAAGCAAGCGUACCGCGUCCCGGAAGCACGGCUCGACCGCCUGCGGGCCGCGCUGCAAGCCUACGAGGGAACCAAGAACUACCACAACUUCACCGUGCAAAAGAAGUUCAAGGACCCGUCCGCCAAGCGACUGAUCAAGUCGUUCAGGGUAGCCGAGAAGCCCAUCAUCAUCCACGACACGGAAUGGAUAUCGCUCAAGGUCCACGGACAGAGCUUCAUGAUGCACCAGAUCCGAAAGAUGGUGGGCAUGGCAGCUCUGGUUGUCCGCUGUGGCUGUCCCAUCUCGCGCAUCACGGAGGCCUUUGGCAACGUUGACGUGGCGAUUCCCAAGGUGCCUGGUCUGGGCCUACUUCUGGAGCGCCCCGUCUUCGACAGCUACAACGCCAAAGCCGCCGAGAAGUUUGGACGCGAGAAGGUCGAGUUCACAAAGUGGGAGAAGGAGAUGGAAGAGUUCAAGGAGACGGAGAUCUACCAGCGCAUCUUCCGUGAGGAGAACGAGCAGCACCAGUUCAACGCCUUCUUUUCCCACCUCGACGGCUACAGAGAGCCCUACUUCCUGUAUCUGUCCUCCAAGGGCAUCGCAGCGACGACGGGUGCGGAGAUGGAAAAGUCGAAGCAGAAGGGCAAUGCGGGGAAGAAGCCGCAAGAGCUCGAAUCGGAAGACGAGGGCAACGCGAACGGCGAUGACGGAUGAUGGGAGGGAGAGAAUCCAGGACCAUUCGGUACGAAGAAUUUGCGAUAUUGUUGAGCUGGCUAUUUUUUAUUUACUAGGUAUUGACCAUGUCACUGCGAAAGGCUCGCCGCAUCCGGGCUGGAUCGAUUGCUACCUACGGUACAAUUAUGUGCCGUGGCCUGAGAGGAAGGUAGGCGGCGAGUAUGGUUAGCAUACCAUCUCAUAGGAACAACUACAAAGUCCACAGAAGAAAAAGAAAAGAAGUAGCAAAGAUACUCCACAACACACAAAGGCCACGGCG